AUGUUGCAGAAGGGCGAGCUGGAUCCAGCCAUCGCGAUGCAGCUCCUGAGUCAAGGGGGAUCGGUGCCUGGAAAAAGGCCUUUAGAAUCCAUUGAUGCAGGUUCUGGUGAAGCUACUGCAGGUGAUGCUACUGCAGCCAACCAGGAGGAGAAUGCGCUGAAGCAAAAGUUACGGCGUCUUUGCGAGGUCAAGACUGGAGGCAGGCUGCAGGUGCCGCAGUGGUUGCAUGAUGAAUGGCGCAAUGGUGACCACUUGGCCAUGGCCAAAGAGUAUCAAGCCUGUGGGUUUGACAAGGCCACCUCCCUGCCACCACUACUUGUGGCUUUCAUGAAGUAUAAGAAAAAGACCCUGACCAAGAACGACAAACAUCUGAGUGAUGUGUCCAGUGGAUGGUACUCCAAAGAGGACAUGGCCAAAAUUUUGAAAUGGAGUGCGAACCUCUUCCGACAUGUCAACAUGUUCAUGCACUCAAGGGUGAAAGAGAGUGGCCCAGCUGAACUACCCGAUGUGGCAAUCUCCCAGGUUGAUGCCAACGCACGGCGUUCGGAGGCUUUGCAAGGUGCAGCAGCCAACCGCGGCAAGGAGGUGUUCACAAAAUACAUGGAUUCAGUCUUGCAGAAAAGUGCCAAGCUCCGUUCGCUGAUUGGUGAUUUGCAGAAGAACUAUCCGGAAGACCCGACUGCAAAGAAGGCUGUCAUCGCCUUGAAUGCCGACCUCUUGACCUUGGAUGCCGAGUACAACAAGCUGGCGGAAUGUAUGGCCCAGGGUGAACGGGAUGACUUUGACCAGGGGUGGCUUACCAGAAAGAGUUCAAGUAUAGAAAUUGAGGAAUGA